AUGCUGACCGCGCGUCUGUUAGCAAUAGCCAACGCGAUAUAUACGUGCGCGGCGGGUAUACCUUCUGUUAGCAAUAGCCAACGGGAUAAAUUUGCGCGCGGCGGGUACACCGCGAUCCGCGACACAACCGAGCUCUCGGUCAUUAUGGACAGGACAUUAAUUGGCGAGGUGUGUGAUGGGCCGGGAGUGUGUAGCGAGGGUGUGUCGACGGCACAACGCUUGUAUCAACCAAAGCUUCGACAGAUAGGUCUCCUUCGAAGUCGGCAGCUCCCACGUUCAGCAAUGCGACUUGCAUAG